GUAAAUCUCCUCCUCUCCAGACUGUGGAGCUGCAGGCUCCUCCCUCCGGCCGCAGACAGACUCUCCGCGGCCGAAUGAAGCUCAUCACCGACGGCCUGACCUGCUGCUGCUGACCGAGACACCAGCGGACAAAAACACUCCUGAAAAAAACACAGUCAGGACUCCAGCACACAGCUCUGCCCUCCUCGGAGCUCAGUGUUCCUGCUCGGGUUUUCUGCUGGAUGGAGUUUAAAAGUCUGGAAAGACUUUUUUUCCUCAGGCUGCAUCUCUGCUCCACUUUAUUCCCGCACGGAUUGAGCCUCUAAGACGCUUUAAUAACUGUGGAUGUGUGAUUGUUUCAGGACUAACUAACCCCACUUUAUACUUCAGCCUUUCAAACCCUGGGAAACAUGGAAUAUGUGUCUGUUCUGACCUGGAAUCAUCGGGAGCUUUGGAGCUGCAGGACCAUGUAGCCCAGAGGAGGAGACUCGGGGCUGUGGGCCCGCUCUGGUUCCUGUUCUUGCUCUCAUCGUUGAAGCAUCAGAGAAGUCUGUCAGCCGGUUGGCACUGAGGGAUUCCCAUCAGGCCCAGGAUGCCAGGAUGCCCAUCACUCAGGACAACGCCCUCAGCAUCCUCCCUCUGCUGGAGGACUGGCACAAGACUCAAACCACGAGACCCCAGAAGGACCAAAACCAGAACCAGGACAGUUGUGGAGAUAAGCAGGUGGAUCAGGGCUCGUACAGGAAUGGGGAGGCGGACAGUGUGUGCAGCAGCAGCAGCAUGAACAGUUUAAACAUGGAGGACAUGUCUCUGUGUCUGGCUGCCAUUCAGAAGCUGGUGGAGUACAUCAAGUUGAACUUCAUGGAGGGGGACGAAACUCCAUCCUCCAGCCCGUCCCCCUGCAGGGAGGGGCUGGACGUGGAGAUCCAGGCCGUCUCCAUGAGCAAGGAGGAGGAGGACUCUGCAGAGUUCGGCCUCAGCUUCGGGAACAUCCCCAUCUUUGGAGACCCUGAUGGGAGGAAGAAGGGCGGGCCGAGGAGGAGGAGGGAUCAGGGCCCCAUCAUGGACGUGGGCUGUAUCUGGGUGACGGAGGUGAGGAAGAGGAGUCCGGCCGCUCGCUGCGGUGGGAUCAAGCUGAGAGACGAGCUGCUGUCUCUGAACGGACAGCUGAUGGUGGGAGUGGACGUCUGUGGAGCAAGUUACCUGACUGAUCAGUGCUGGAACGGAGGCUGCAUCUACCUGAUCAUGCUGCGGCGAGUCAAGAGAAAAGCUCCACCCCCUCCCCACGAGGUCAACGGCAUCAUCAGUGUGUCUGUGAGCUGUGACGGCUGUGACGACCAACAGCAGGAGGGCAGAGCCUGCGAGCCCUCCGACAGCUACAAACGCACGCGCAAGUUCGGAGUCAUCUCACGCUCGUCCUUCACCCGAGACACCAGAGACGGUCCCGACUCUGAGGCGCAGAGCUGCUACACCGACACAGGAGAACACUCCACGCACACACCCACACAGGAAAACACACACACCUGUCCCCAGGUGAGACCCGCUAUCCAGAGGAUGCACAGCGGAGGCUCGGCCACGCUGCCCACACGGAGCCACAGUCAGCUGAUAGAGAGCAAGAUGGACUCAGUCAGCAGUGAACCUUCAAACCAGCCCAGAGAUGGGAGCCACAUCUGGAAGAUGCACCUGGUGAAGGGUCAGGAGGGGCUGGGCAUCCAGAUCACAGGGGGGCGGGGCUCCAAGCGCUCACCUCACGGCAUCAUCAUCGCUCGCGUGGAGGAGGGAGGAGCUAUUCACAGGGACGGUCGUCUUCACGCCGGUGACGAGCUGCUGAUGAUCAACGGUCAGUCUCUGGUCGGUCUCACUCAUCAGGAGGCUGUCGCCAUCCUCCGCACCACCACCGGACUGGUCCAACUGGUGGUGGCCACUAGGGAGGAGUCAGACGUGGGGUUCGAGCGUUUCCCCUCCACCAGUCUUCCUGACCUGGUCAGCACCUGCAGCUACCGGUCCUCCCUCUCUCUGACUGCCCCCCCUCACUCACCUCAGGACUCAGACUGCAGCCCAGCUCUGCAUAAACCCUACCUGACGACCAACGUGGAGAAACUAGAAGAACAGAGUCAGGGGGACGCACCCAAAGGAUCCUGCAGCUCCACGCCCACCAAACACGUCAGCCGACCUCAGGGUGGGAGCAGCCGUCUGGAGUCGGUGGGCGAGGACGACGAGCUGUUUGUGGAGAACGGUGUGAGCAGCUGUGAAGUCGUGGAGAAGCCUCCACCUGGACGACGGAAACACUCCCUACCUCAACAACUGGAUACAGGAGGAGUGAGACAGGAUUAUCAGAUCAUUAAGAAAUCAGCUCGUUCCCUGAGCACCGUUCAAGUGGAGUCUCCAUGGAGACUGGCUCAGCCGUCCAUUAUCUCCAGUAUCGUCCUGAUGAAAGGCCAGGGCAAGGGUCUUGGAUUCAGCAUCGUUGGGGGUCAGGACUCGGCUCGAGGUCAGAUGGGGAUUUUUGUGAAAACCAUUUUUCCUCAUGGAGCUGCAGCCGCCGACGGGCGACUGAAAGAGGGAGACGAGGUUCUGGAGGUGAACGGAGAGUCUCUGCAAGGACUCACACACCAACAGGCCAUCCAGACCUUCAAGCAGCUGAAGAAAGGCGUGGUGACUCUGACGAUCCGGACUCGUCUACGUAGUCCAAGUCUUACUCCGUGUCCCACCCCCACCCUCCUCAGCCGCUCAGGCUCUCCAAACUCCAACACCAGCGGGGGGACGCCUGUCCCUGCAGGGUUUGAGGACCCUGAGGGCCGCAAGGGCCCGGGACCUGGUCCCAAAGACUGCAUCAUCAUGGAGGUCACACUUAAUAAAGAGUCUGGAGUCGGUCUGGGGAUCGGGGUUUGCUGUCUGACUCUGGAGAACUCUGCUCCGGGGAUCUACAUCCACAGCCUGGCUCUGGGAUCUGUGGCCAAGAUGGACAGCAGACUCAGUCGUGGGGAUCAGAUCCUGGAGGUGGACUCAGUCAGCCUUCGUCACGCCGCUCUCAGUGAGGCCUACGCCAUCCUCAGCGAGUGCGGACCUGGACCCGUCAGUCUCAUCAUCAGCAGGCACCCCAACCCAAAGGUAUCAGAGCAGGAGAUGGAUCAGAUCAUCGCUCGAUCCACACUCAGGGACAAAAUGAGUAAAACCAGACUCUCCUCUCACCCCCAAGGUGCGUCCUGUAAGAGUCCGGGCCCAGGCCUGAAGGAGCGCCAGGCAGACGGCUCGCCUGCUCUCAGCUGGACCAUGAAGAGAUUCCUAGAACCAGCCAGCAGACAGGGGUCACUAAGCUCAGAGACUGAGCUGUCUCAGUACUUCCCUCAGGACGUCUCCAACAGCUCGUUCCUCUCUGAGUCCAUGCUGACGGGCUCCACCAGCGACGAGGCGCUCCACCCGCAGAGCUGCAGCACCUCCAUGGACGACAGCUCAUCGCAGACACAAGCUUUUACCCCGUCUCUAACACAAGGGGAGGGCGACCCCGUACACAAGGACAAGAACACUGCCCUCUCCCAGGACCACCAGCAUGCAGAGACGGCGUGCCCACCCAUCUCCGUGUCCAGUCCCACCUCGGUGCGGAGCCCUCUUCUCCGGCAGAGACGCGUGAUGUGCUUGGAGGACCCGCUCAGUGACGAAGACGACUCUGAUAACGCUGGACUCUCUCACAGAUUAACAAACACUGACUCUGUUGAACUCAGUGACGCGACAGAAGCCCACGUUUCCAAAACCACGUCAGCCAUCAUGUCCGCUAUGUCUUCGCUGAAUGUGGACGGAGACAGCGAGGACGGGGAUCUGCAGAGGUGUGGCAGCAAUGACUCCACGGCUCUGUUUCACAGUAGCUUCUCGCAGAGCGAGGAGGGUCCGCCUGGUUCUGAGUCCCCUUUCAAGGCCAUCUGCUACCCCUCUGAGCUGAGAGCAGGGCUGACAGGCAGUGUGGCGCCCGGUACUCUGACCUUAAACACUGAGACCCACAUGAACAAAGAUGACGGACAGUUAGAGUCCAAGCGCUCCCCAAAGCUGGAGCACAAAGCAGUGACACGGGUUAAAAGUAUGAUGAGCAUUGAGGCACCAAACCUGACCCAGCAGCAGAAGACUAGAGUAGAUGACCCCUCUCUCCCCUCAUCACAGACUCCAACCCAGGGCGGGAGAAACACCAGGUCUGCUCCUGGUCCUGGUCUUCCUCACUGUAAGAAGGGAGAGGCCAGUGAGCUGGCAGGUGUUUGUACCAUCGACACUGUGACACUGUGGAGGACUGAAGACGAGUCAUAUGGACUCGACCUGGAGAUCAUGUCCUCCCCUCUGAAGGUCCUCAUCACCGGGUUGAAACCUGGAGGAGCAGCAGACAGGGAGUCUGCAGGCAGGCUGUGUCCUGGAGAUGAGAUCGUGAAGAUUGGAGAGAAACUGAUUUGCUCCUCGAGCUACCAGGAGAUCUGCCAGCUCAUGCUCAACCUUCCUACCACACUGACCAUGGAAGUGAAGAAACCAGUUUCAGCUGUAGAUCGACUCUCCAGUCUGAAGAUGUCUUCAGGAAGCAGUGACGGGGCCGGCAGACAGAAAGCUCCCCGAGCUGUUCAGGGGACACUUGACGAGGGAGCAAAGACGAGCGAAAGUUCAGGAAAUCCCAACCUCGUGAAUGAAACUGAGGAUGAGUUUAAAAUCCCCGUCACUAACAUCGAUGAUAUCUUAUCAGGACUGAGCCCCAGCAGUGACAAGAGCACAAACACUAAGUUCUCCUUCGAGACCUCGUCUGAUGAGCAUGGAUCUGACCGUUCCAACAAACCGACUGUGACUCCUACAGAGAAACCUCCAUCACAGUCCGAGCUGCAGGACUGUUGCAUCAUGGGAGAUGUUGAGCAUGACGUCCUCUCUGUGGAGUCAGCACAUGUGAACCAUCCUGAUGCUGCUCCUAAAAGUAUGUACAGCACAGGAGACGACUCAGACAGCGACUCCACCGCUGACGGCAGCCUGCUGGUCGAUAAGACACCCGACAGAGGUCAUCCUGAGCCUUCAUCAGAGGAAGAGGAGGUGGAGCUCUGUUCCUAUGAUGUGCAGCAACCUCAGGCAAACGGGUAUUCACCUUCACACCAAAGCAGGAGUCAGAGUCCACACCUGGAUCAGAGCUCCUCUGUUACAGCAGCACUGUGCUCUCAGGUCUGUUCUGCAGGGGAACCAGUGGCUGAGUCCUCUAUAGACCCCCUCAUGGACAGUGCCAUCGAACCCUGUAACGAAGUCAAAGCAUGUGUGUCAUCCAAAUGUGGAAGUCUGAGUGUUUACAGAGGCCCCUCCCCUCCAGGGUCCCACAGCAUCACGCAGGGUCCUCCUGCAGAGUCCUCUCCAACCUCAGAGCUACUGAAGCACUUACAGACACCUCAUUCAGCAUCAGGGAAAUCUGAGAGCUCAGGUCCAGGGAUCAACAGAUCAGAUCCCAAACUGUCCACAUCCACAGAAAAGGUCUUAGAGAGCAGAACGAACUCUCUCCUAAAGAAAAGCCCAGAGCUGAAGCUGUUUGAGGGUCCAGAGAGUCCAGUGAGGAGCUCCAAACCUCUGUCUGAAACUCUCAUAAAGCCAAACAUUCCUAAACUGAAGGGUCUGAGUAUAAAAAGCAGGAACCAUCAGAGUACCGAGAGUGAAAGUCCUGCAAACAUUAAAUCCACCAAAUCACUGCCAACAGCAGCCGGACCCGGCCUCUCAAAGACCAAUCAGCAGCCUGCGAGCAGCGUCCCUGCGAGCGGCAUCCCUGAGAGCGGCGUCCCUGCGAGCAGCGUCCCUGCGAGCAGCGUCCCUGAGAGCCGCGUCCCUGCGAGCGGCGUCCCUCAGAGCAGCGUCCCUGUGAGCGGCGUCCCUGCGAGCGGCGUCCCUGCGAGCGGCGUUCCUGCGAGCGGCGUCCCUGAGAGCGGCGUCCCUGUGAGCAGCGUCCCUGCGAGCAGCGUCCCUGCAAGCAGCGUGGCCUCGCCGGACCUCAGUGACAGGCAGAGAGUGCUGAGUGACCACAGACCUUCUGAUGGCUCAUCACAAACCACUCAGCCAGCCACGGACAGGGACCUCCAUCCAGACUCCAGAGACACAGUCAAAGCUCAGGAAAGACCCCGUCAACCCGCAACUCAGAGGACGUUCAUAGAGGUCCGCCUGUCCCCUUUAUCUGGUCCAGCAUCACACAGUGACACGGUUCAUUCUAAACCGGCUGAGAGAGAUCCAGCAGCAGAGAGGACUAACGGCAUGGUCUCUAACUCAGUCCUUGGUACUCUCUGUGUAACCAAAGACUCCACCAUGAGUAACGGCUCCAAACACGGCCCCGCUGUGGAGAUCAGUGAGAACCUGAGGUCUGGAGUGUCCAGGUUUUACAUCAAGUCCAUGGAGAAGCAGAGCUACCCCUCUGAGUCUGAGAAGUACAACCCCUUCUCUGUCCGGCACAAGAUCAAGUCCUUCGAGAACCUGGCUCACUUUGACAAGCCGGUGUCCCGAAGCUCUGACAUCCAGUCUUACGCUCUGGCGUACCGGGCCUCGCUCGGCCAAAGGAUCGCUGGUUACAUGGACCUGGUGAAUUCAGCAGACUGCCAGACCCGGCACAGGAGCUUCAGCCCUUACAUGGAGAACUUGAUCUCCUCCACACCUCUGCUGGGGAAGUCUCCAUCCACCAUCACCCUGAUAAACCUGGAGCUCCCUGAUCCGGGCUGUAAAGCAGAUCCCCUGUCUGAGGCUGGAGGCCACAGAGCUCAGACCGGGACCCCUCAGGUGCUGCGCAGGAAACAUGGGAAACUGGCCCGCAGUCGGCUGAGGCAGCUCCGAGCACUCAGCAUGCCUGAGCUGGAAAAGAUCUGCACAGAAGACUUCACCAGAGGGGUGUCAGAGGAGAGAACUGAGCCAGGAGGCCACCCCACUGUACCCCCCACAUCCACAGAGACUGACAGCGCCCCAUCUCCACCCCUGACCAGGGUGAGUCCGGCUGACGGUGGAUCCACAGAGGAAACCCCACAAAGGACAGAGACCCACGGACAACGAGCCGGCUGGUCCAUCAGUCUGAAGGAUCUGUCUGCUUCUCCUGCGAGUCAACAAAAGCUUCAGACCGUGAUUUCAGACGUGCCGGCUCUGCUGCAGGAGGUGAAUGCUCUCUCAGAGGUCCACGAUGAAACUCUCCUGGUAGUCCUGAGUAAAGAAGAAGGAUCAGGACUGGGUUUCAGUAUCGCGGGUGGAGUGGACCUCGAGCAGAAGACGAUAACUGUCCAUCGAGUCUUCACUAAAGGAGCGGCGAGCCUGGAGGGGACGAUCCAGAGAGGAGACAGCAUCGUGUCCAUAAACGGCUCCAGUCUGGAGGGUAAGACCCACGGGGAGGCCGUGUCCUGCCUGCAUCAAGCCCGGCUGUCCAAUCAGGCUUCAGUGAUCAUCAGGAGAGACGCCGAGCAGAGACAGGACACGGGAGACGAGCCGAAGAGGACGGGCUCCAACAGGAAGAGGCCUUCAGGAGCUGGAUCAGUGGUGGAUGUGGGUCCAGACGGGGCUCUAAAGGUGGAGCUUCACAAAACCUCAGCUGGUCUGGGCUUCAGUCUGGAGGGGGGAAAGUCCUCAAGCCAGGGGGGAGACCGGCCUCUGACUGUCAAGCGCAUCUUCGCAGGGGGCGCUGCAGAGCUGUCCGGGGUUAUCCAGGUUGGGGAUGAAGUCCUGUCCAUUAACGACUGUUCUAUGGAGGGACUCAUGCACCACGAUGCCUGGAGGAUCAUCAAAUCCACAGAGGAAGGACCAAACCAGCUCCUCAUUCGAAAACCCAGGACCUGACUGAGACUUUAGAAUCAGAGCGAGGACAAUCAGGAGGACUCAGGUGGACUUUGACUCCUAUGAAAUGUGUUUGUACUCUCAGCUGGGUCAGAUUGGAUGGACCACUAACUAAUGUGAUGUGAAAUGCUGAAUCAUGAUUUCCUUCAGGUGGAACGUGCAGUUUGUUUACAACAGAUUCACUUUGAAAACCACAAAAAAAGAAACCUACUUGGAUGUUUGUUGUUUUGUUUUUUAAUAAAGUCGGUUUGUGAAAAGA